CUGAGUUGUGUCCGCGUCCGGCGUUGAUGGAAGAAUAACCUGCGCGCGACUAAGCCUUAAGGAGAAAAUUAUGCACAAUACUUACAUCUUGCUGCUCUAGCGAUUGCUCUUUGUUUUCUCUUCUCGUCAAACCGAUUAUCUAUCAAAUUUAGGUCAAAAAAUUGCGUCAUGUUUUCGAUUGAAUUCGACUUCCAUACAUGCACACGUGGGUAAAUAAUGUUUGUUUACGUUACAUUGCGUGGAUGGCGAUCGACCAAUCACUUUGCCCGUUACUCCUCGCCGCAAUUAAUGACAACCCCGUGUUUUGAUUGGAUAAGGUACUUCGCGAGCGCUCGAACCGGUCAAAUUCGAAGAAUCGCCAAGACCAAGUACAUCAUCAGUACAGCCUCAGGUAAGUCCAAGUCAUUUAGUAAAUUAAAUAUCAUCUUAUAUGUGAAACGGGGAAGGACAGUAUCGGCAACAUGAGUGAUUUCCCAGCCUCCAGUAACUUCUCAGACACUGAGGAGGACGUUGUUGAAGAGGAGGAAGAUCUGCUAGCCUUCCAGGAGAGCAUAAAAAAGGACCUCUUUACAGAAUUCACGUCGGCCACGCCCAUGAAGAUUGCCAGGGUUAGCGUCGCUCACAAUAGGGAACCGAUGAAGGUUUAUCUAAGAGUGAGGCCUUUCACUAAUGCUGAGGUUGAAGGAGGCGAGUCCCAGGAAUGCAUGGACCAGGAAAACAACACCACUCUCCUGAUGAGGGCUCCCAAGAACAGCUUUGCCUUUAAGAGCAGCCAGCGCGGCUUUGGAGAGAUGAACCACAAGUUCACUUUCUCAAAGAUCUUCAAUGAAGAUACCAGUCAGAAGAUGUUCUUUGAUGAGACCAUGCUCGCAACAGUCAAAGACUUCAUCGAUGGCCACAACUGCCUGCUCUUCACCUAUGGGGUAACCAAUGCUGGAAAGACAUAUACCAUCCAAGGUGUUCCACAAGAUGGUGGGAUUUUACCCCGCUCCUUGGACGUCAUCUUCAACAGCAUUGAAGAUCGCCAGUACCUAUCAAACAGAGUGAAGCCACGCUACUUCUGCGAUGUAGUGAAACUCUCUGAAAGGCAGCAGAAGAAGGAGGAAGAAGUGAAAUCAAAAGUGCUUGCUUUGGGAAAUAUUCCUUCUACUGGAGCAGGAGAUCAGACAACAAUGUUAGAAGGUGAGAGCAUGACUGAUGAUAGCCUGAACACGGACAUAUCACAUGCAUCCUAUUCUGCCGGCAAUGAUGAUUCCCAGGACUCCUCAAAGCUCUCAGAGAGUAAGAUGUCCACUACCAGAGACAUUGAGGCAAUGGGCAACCAGACAUUCUUAGACGAGGUCAACGCACGCAUUCCUGAUGAUACCAUGGUCAACGUGGAUGCUCAGGGCCCCAUCAAGUUCAGCAUCUGGGUGUCCUUUGCCGAGAUCUACAAUGAGUACAUGUACGACCUCCUUGAACCCCUACCGAAGGAGAAGAAAAUCAGGAGACAGGCGCUCAAGCUUGCCGAAGACAAAAAUGGGAGCAUCUAUAUCAAAGGACUGAAGCAGAUUCGAGUCAACUCUGCAGAUGAGGCUUACAGGAUUUUGAAGAUAGGUCAGAGAAACCUCAGCAUAGCAGCAACCAAACUCAAUCAUUGCUCGAGCAGAAGUCACUGCAUCUUCAGUAUAAAGGUCCUGAGAGUAGUGGAUGUUGAGGAUCCCCAUGUUGCCAGAGUUAGCCACCUAUCAUUCUGCGAUCUUGCCGGAUCAGAACGUUACACCCGUACACAGAAUACAGGAGAACGUCUCAAAGAGGCUGGAAACAUCAAUACUUCUCUCUUGACUCUAGGAAAGUGCAUCCAUGCACUUCGCUACAACCAAAACCAUCCAAAGGUGCAUCCCAAGAUCAUCCCAUUCCGUGAGAGCAAAUUAACAAGGCUAUUUCAGAGUUUCUUCCUUGGGAAGGGCAAGGCCUCCAUGGUUGUCAAUGUCAAUCAGUGUGCAUCUGGAUUUGAUGAAACCAUGCAUGUCCUUAAAUUCUCGGCUAUCGCCAAACAGGUUACUACUGUCACCUCCAAGUUGGACAACAGAUGGAAGGAGCCGCCUCCAAAGAAAUCCAAGCGAUCUGUACGGAAUGUCUCUCUGGCUCUCAACCAGGCCCUCGACUGCAAUGUUAAAGGUCAAAGGCCAUCGAUACCUUGGGCGACCCCUGGCACCAUCGCCCAGGUCAUGAAGGAGACAGGUCAUGUGACCUCUGUUGAGGAUACAGUCUUUGAAGUGGAUGAGGAGGAGGAGGAAGAAGGAGAGGAAACUAUGGAAUCAGACGUGGAGGAUACUCCUGUAGCUAAGAAGGAUCAGAAUGCUAUCAAGAUCCAGAAAGAGCUUCUUGCAGUGAUUGAGGUACUGAAGCAGAAGCUGGUGGAUGAGAAAGCAGACAAGUUCUACUUGGAAACCAAGAUCAGGGAGGAAGUUUGCCAGGAAAUGGCUGAACAACUGGUAGAGAUCGAACAAGACUACAAUGAACGUCUAGAGGAAGAUAAGCAAAGAGCUGAGGAGGUGUAUGAGAAACGUCUGGAGAUCUAUGCCAGGUCCGUCAAGAAAUCACACAAGAGGGGGCAGAACGACAAUGAUAGGGCUGAUACCGAACAGGUUUCCAGCUCCCUUCUUGCUGCUGAGCAAAACAGAGUCAAGGAUCGUGAUGCACAGAUAGAGUCAUUGAGGGCAGAACUAGAAUCAACUGAACAAUCUCUCAAAGAAUUUGAAGAUCGGAUGCACAAUGAAGUUACUGAACUGAAGAAAACGAUUGCAGAUCAAAAGACAUGCAUAGAAGAAAAUGAGGCCAAGUCUGCUGAGCAAGAGAAGACAUUCAUGGAAACUAAAGAAGCUCUUCAGAUUAAGAUUGAUGAAUUAACGAGAACCGUCACAGAGCAGAAGCAUAGAUUGGUAGAACAAGAAAGAGAGAUUAGCUCCCAUGAAGAAGUGAAGGGGGAUAAAGAUGCCCUUCAACAACAGAUUGCUGAGCUGAACGAGACUGUUGCCAAUCAAAGGAGAGAUCUUGAAGAAAAAGAAGAUUUGUUGAGUCGUCAAGAGAGGCGUCAUUCACAAACGAUGGCAGAAGUGAACAACAGGAUUGCUGAACUGGACCACACUGUUCAAGAGCAGACGACGACAUAUUCACAGGCGAUAAAACGGAUAGACACGUACAAAGAGGACGACGCUGAAGUCAAAAAGACUUUACAAAACCAGAUUUCUGAGCUUGAGGGAAUAGUUGAAGAGCAGAAGAAAUGUCUUGCUGAGAACGAAGAAAGAUUCAGUGCACAGGAGAAAGAUCAUACCCUCUGCAAAGAAACCUUGCAAAAACAGAUUGCUGACCUAAACCAAGUGAUUCAAGAUCAGAAAAACGAGCUUGCCGAAAGGGAGACACAAAUCAGUGCACAUGAGAAGGAUGAAAUGGAUGACAAAAAUGAACUUCAGAGAGAGAUUUCCGAGCUUAAGAAAACAGUUGCUGAGCAAAUGAAAUGUCUAGAUGAGGAAAAAGCUAAAUCUGGCAGUCUUGAGAAAGAGAUGGUUGAGAGUAAUAAGGCACUUCAAACACAGAUUACUGAGCUUGAGGGAAUAGUUGAAGAGCAGAAGAAAUGUGUUGCGGAAAACGAAACAAGAUUCAGUGCACAGGAGAAAGAGCAUACCCUCUGCAAAGAAACCUUGCAAACACAGAUUGAUGGCUUGAACAAAAAGCUGGAAGAACAGAAACUAAAGCUGUCGCAGAAAGAGACAGAGGUCAGCACACAUGAGAAGGAACAAGCAGAGGACACAGAGGCUCUACAAGAAAAGAUUACUGAGCUUGAGGGAAUAGUUGAAAAGCAGAAGAAAUGUGUUGCAGAAAACGAAACAAGAUUCAGUGCACAGGAGAAAGAGCAUACCCUCUGCAAAGAAACCUUGCAAACACAGAUUGAUAGCUUGAACAAAAAGCUGGAAGAACAGAAACUAAAGCUGUCGCAGAAAGAGACAGAGGUCAGCGCGCACGAGAAGGAACAAGCAGAGGACAGCGAGGCUCUACAAGAAAAGAUUGAUGAGCUUAAGACCGUUGUUGAUGUUCAGAAGGAUCAACUCUGCAAGAAAGCUGAUAGGAUAGACACACUGGAGAAAGAGAUGGAAGCCAGGAAAAUUAUCCUUGCUGAAAAGGUUGGAGAAUUGACAAGUAUCAUAGAAAAACAGCAAUCUGAAAUAAAGGAGCAAGCAGAAAGCCUAGAUCUGAAGAAGAAAGAAAUGGAGGAGCUAACUCUUCAGCAACACAAGGAUCUUGAGGAGCACGAGACUCUAGUGCAUGAUCUAGAGGAGCGAAUGGAACUCCUCGGAGGAGCAGAGAAACAGCUCGCAGAUUCCAAGAAGGAGAUAGCUGAGCAAGAAAGUCAGAUAGCGGAUCUCUACAAGCAGCUGGAGGAGAGAGACGCUAAGGUGAAGGAGACUGGAGAGACCAUGACGGCUCAGCUUUGUGAAGAAAUCAAGAUGCAUGAGGAAGCCCAGAAGGAAAUGCGUGACACCAUCCUCAAGAACACACAAAAUGAAACAGAAUCCGAGAAAGUUAUUGAGGACCAAGAGGCAUCUAUUGAAGAAUUGAAGGCUGUUGUUGAGACCAAGGAGAAGCAGAUUGAAGAACUCAAAGAAUCCCUCAGUUCUAAAGAUGAAGAGAUAACAGAAAUGGGUAUAAAACUUGAAGCAACUUCCCAAAAAUCAUCCUCUGUUGAGGAGUCGCAGACACAGACAGAUCAGACGGAAUCUUCUUACUUCACCUCGUCCUCCGAGAAAAGCGAUGAUGAGCAAUCUCGCAAGAAGCUCACCGGGAUGCCGUCUACUACCUCCCUGGCCUCCACCAUCUCAACCACCAGCACUGAAGACGAUGAUAGUAUCAUCAUCAUUGAGCCUGAGGAUCAAGCGGGAUACAAGGCUGGUCGCCUGUCAAGAGUUGAGAUAGAUGCUACCCCCCUUCAGAAGAAGCCAUCUCGUAAGGGACGUGCUGCUAAGGUCACCAAGACAUCCCUAAGGUCAUCAAGAAAGAGAGGAGGAGGUGGAGACGAUGACCAGGACGUUGAGUACUCAAAAAAGCUCAAAGGAGAUGAUGGUGUUGGUGUCAAACCAAAGGGUCGUCCACGUCGUGCCACAAGGGCAUCAAGCAAGACCAGUCUCCAUGAGGAGAUUGAGAACCAACCAGAGGAUGGUAAAUCCCCUUCGACAUCAUCCCACUCAGAUAGCAGUCAGAGGAGAGGCCCACUGGCUAGGAUCAAUGAAUACUUGCAGAACUCUCCUAUUGGAAAGUCUGUCGAAUCAUCAGCAUGCUUUGUAAAUUUAACUCCAUCUGUUGUCCGACCAGCCAAACGACUGGUUGACACUGCUACAGGUGCUGCAUCACCGUCCACAGAGGUUGAGAAGCCCCCUUCCCCGUCCCCACCCAAGGCCGUUGAGAUGGAUACCUUUGUCCCGUCCCUGGCUCCAGAGAGGCAGAAGAGAAAGAGGAAGCUAUACAAAACUGAUAUUUCUGCUCCAUUUGAAGCUUCCCCUCACGAGAUGAUCAGCCGACAAUAUGUGGGCGAGGCCAAACCAUCCGAGGGCUCUACAGUUACCGUUAUCACCCGAAAACUUCGCUCUCGAACCAAGAGACACUGAACCAUUUAGUACUAUUCUUGUAUCAUGUGCCUUAAUAAUAAGGAAGCAGAAAUCUUAUCAGAGUGUGGAUUCCAACAGUAUCAACAUUGUCUGUACAUUUAGACUACCGUAUACAUGGUUAUAAUGUCUGAUAUGAAUGCAUUAAGUAUGAAGCUAAUUGAUUGACUAUGUGUUUCCAUUUUCACCGAUUUCCACGGUGUUUCUGUUCAUGUCCAUUUGAAUGUCCAACCUUUUGGAAUAUCUGGCAUAUUUCAAAGUACCUUUGCCUGUACACAGUAGUGACUAGUGAGGUCAAUUGAAAUUUGGGAUACAGCUCCAUCUGAGAUGGGUUUACACUAGCAGGAUUUACAUGGUCCACUGCAUUAUAGGGAAAAAAGCAUACAGUUCUGUAUAUUACAUGGUGAAUGUGUCAUUUUGUAAUUUGAAUAUUCAUGUUUAAAUUCCAAAUCCAUUUUUUAGGGCGUAUGUUUCAAUGUCGGGUUCUUAUUUCUGGUGUCUUCCCCCCCCCCCAUCUUCUAUGUUAAUUCACUUUUUUGUUAGCAUUGAAUAGUAUAUAUUGACAGAUUUGUGAGACUAUAUAUUGGAAUGGAUUGUCCCAGAAUAUUCAUAUUGUUUGGUCAGUAAAAAUCCAAGCAAAGUCUGAAAAGAAGAAUUUUCAGAAACACAGUCCAUAAUUGUGUUAUUUACUCUGGAAUAAAAGAAAGACAAACUCACUGAUACUUAGUGUAAAUAUGUAUGAUAUAUAUGAGUAGUUUGUAUUUAGCCGAAUUAAAAAAAAAGACUGAUUACGAGAUAUUUGGAAAAUACUUUGUUUUACAUCUGCCCCCUUCACUCCUUCCAAACUUCUAGUAAUUUUCAAAUUCCUAAUAACUGAUCAAAAUUUUACAGACAUGACUCUUCAGGUCAUCAGAACACAGACAUUUUGUUGAAUUUGUGAAUAGUGUAAAAGUAUUGCAGCAUUUUUACAGUUGUUGUAAAGAUCUGAAGUCGCUUAUACCUUUAUACACCUUGAAGAUAUUUUGUUUAAUGGUGGGAAGGAGUCAACUAAAUUACUUCAGAAUAAUUUGCUGCAAGAUGCUCUUCUAUAUUUGAUAGCAGUUUGGUUUCACUCAGCAAUGUGCAGAGUAUUUAGUGACGCAGAAAUAAAUCAAUAACUAAAGGACUGUAUAUAGAAUGAUGUCUGAUCUUGGAGCUUGAUGAUUGGUUGUUGCAUUCAUGGAGCAGGCAUAUAUCACAUCGUCAAGCUCGGACCAAAAUCUGGCCAAGAUCCUUCCUAAAUAACACAAGAAUUAUUGAACCCACGGUUAUAGAGUAACUUUUAGCUUUUAUGGAUUAACAAACUGCAGAUUAUACAUCCAUUUUGAGUUUGCAAAAACAUUUAAAAAAUACUAAGGGAGUGUGUAGUGUAGCUGUAACUAUGUAUAGUUUGUAAAUAGAAAGCAAAACUUAUAAAUCUUGUUAUGACAAAUGUUUACAUGAUGAGAAAAAUCAUGGUAUAUCCUGCUUUAAUUUCAUUUUAAAUGUGAAAAAGAGGUAUAUAUGUGUAUGCAAAACAUGACAGGGGUUAUUUGCAUGUACAUGUAGUAAUAGUGCCAAUUGUGGCUUUGAUGAGAAAGGAAUAGACUAUUUUUGUUCAAAAUGCAGACCUAAAAUGCGAUACUAUUUUUAAUAUGAAAGUAGCCUUAAUGAUGAAAACAUUGAGGCAUGUGAGCUAGCCAUUUGCAAAUAGUGUCUAGUUCAUUUGCAGUGUACAUUUUAUUACAUCUACCAAGAUGUAAUUAAAUUUGAUACUGUAUGUAGUGCAUGGAUCUACACAGUACUUUGUAUUCAUAUUGCAUUUAUAAUUCAAUACGUCAUUUAAUGUAGACAGAUAAAAUGGCAUGAAAAACUGAAAGUAUGCAUGAAACCAUGGAAUUCAUCAUCUGUUUUAUAAAAGAAUGAAAUCUGAUAUCAAGAUUGAAAUUAAUGGAUAAUGUGCGAAGUUGAAACCACAAUUAGACCCUUCUGCAACAGGUUCCUUACAAAAGAUCUGUGAUUGAUUGAGAUUGAUUAAAAAAUUCAGAAUGGCUUCAAUUACAGUGCCUGAGUCUCUAUGUCUUGACAGCCUUCAGGAUCAUGAAAAUUGCCUUAAACCAAAACAUUUUCAUAAAAGUGUUCAAUAACUGUACAGUGUAACAUGUUCUGUUAGCUAAUCAGAUUCCUCAUCACUUCCAUUCCUGUCAGCUAUGGUGGAAAACUUUUGAAACUAUUUGUUAAGAUUUGAUUUAUUGGACACUUAGUCCCACUUUAUUCAAAUGGGGUAUCUCAUUUUGCUAAAAAAUAAGUGUUCCAGUCAUUUGUAAUGCAUAUCUAACUUAUUAUGAACAGCUUCAGGACACAUCUCCAGAGUUUCAAUUGGUAUAGCAUACCAGUAUACAUGUCAAGGUACCUUUGCCUAUGUCGGAUCUUUUUGGACACCAGUAAUCUGUUUGACUUUAAGUGUAUAACACAUGCUUUGCAUAAUCUGGGUCCAUCUUGCGAAGAGAUGUGAUUGGUCCGAUCAACCUCAACUGUAUGGAAAUCCAUCAACAUCAUAUGACAUAAUUUUUCCUACAAGAUUUUUUCACUGUCUUGUUUAAACAAAGAGCAUACCAAAUUGUCAAAAAAAUAAUGAAUGUAUGAGUAUACAAUAUUCCUAUACAUCACAUCUAGAAAACAUUUUGAACAAACGUGCAUAUUAGAUGCUGGAGUUGCUGACUUUGCAGCGUUGUGGUAGAUUGGAUCAAGCGCAACUCUGUUAGACAGGGCCCUUGUGUAAAAAUUUAUCUGGCUUAGGCAUGUUAGAUGUAAAGUCAACUUAAUAAGGACUUCCUCGGGUUGACCUGUAUUUGGAGUUUAAUAGGCUGGAAAUUAGAAUUGGUUGCUUUGUUUUAUCAGGAAUAUUUUUAUAGGAAAAUCGAAUAUCACAGAAUAUAUCUUGAAAAUCAAUAGAAUUCAACAGAGCAAAAGAAAAGUUGGUUGCCUUGUGAAUUCAGGAAUUGAUUUUUAAUCUCUUUUGUACAUUGGGAUUCUGCUGCGGCAGAAUGCAUGCAACGUAUGUUAUUUGGGAAGUUAAAAUCAGUUGUUGCGUGUUAGUAUAAGAUGUGUUGUAUAAUCUAUAUAUUAUAAUAUUGUUCCUACUGUACGCUCUUCAGACUUCUAUUUUUAGGACUGCAAGAUGCAAGUGUACUUUGUAAGCAAUAUGAUAUUGUUAUAUAAAGAAGCUUCCAUUAAAAGCAACAUAAGUUUGCUUAUCUUGCAAA